AUAAAUUGUUGAAGCAAAUAAUUUCCCUUCUAGAAGCCGGGUUCAGCAACCUUUCAGAUGGCUCUUACCAAAUGACGUCAUGAUCGAAGAAAGAAAUGGCGGCGGCCGAAGAAGCUCUCCAGUUUUGCAAAAUCAUUAUAUCAGUCAUGUAUUUGUCUUGUUGUCACAACCUGACAAAAAAAUAUAAACACAACACACACAACUUUUUCAAAUAAGAUCCUUCAGAGUUCAGACGAUCCCCUGUACUUUUUUGACAAGUUGUAAAAAUGUCAAUUCCAUUAAUAAUUUGCAUUUUGGUUUCUUUCUCUUACACGUUCUUAUGGCAACAAUAUAUCAACGAUACAGUUUUCAUAAAUGUUUUCAAAACUAAAACUAAUUGGUUUUAUUGACUAUAUUUCCCAAACUUUUUCUAAAAUCUGAAAUAGCCAAGUUUGACAGCCAGCAGAGUUACCAAAUGGCGAUGUUCCAUGGAGGGAGGGGAAGGAAUGUGGCAGAUAGAAGGAGCGGCUGUCUGUCUUAGUCAAGACUCCUCCCACACAUUCACGUGAGAAUAUGAUGAUACAAAACGUUUUUCAAUUAAUCUCUUUUAAAUGAGAAAAUGACGAAAAGGUCUUGUCACCAAAUCCAUGAAGAUUAGUUAACGUUUCAUAUUAUCGAAAGUUUUGUGUUGUGGCUAGUUAGCCCCGUGUGUAAGUCGGAGGUGAGCAGAUGAAAAGUGAAAAUGUUACUCUGAGCCUGUAUUAACUGUUUGCUUUGGCUGCCACUGUAUGCACUCGCUUACCGACACUUGUGCUGAAAUAUAAAACUAUGCAUUCUAGUUCCACUGUGAAGGUCUCUAACUUCAAAAUAUCACCCAGAAUUCACAACUGGAUUUGACAACUCUUGGUUUCGUAGCCCAAAGUUGUUAAAACAGUAUUGCUAACAAGUCAUAUUCUGUAGUAAUGCCAACCGAUGGGCUGGACCACCACAGAUGGGCUGGACCGCCACAGAUGUGCUGGAAUGCAUGUAUGUGACAAUAGAACAAGCUAAUGCUUUCCACUCACCAUUAGUAACAUAUACACAGAUGACUUUAACCCUAGACAGUUUUCAUUCAAAAAAAGUUAUUCGUUGACCUUCUGUGAAGGGUCUUGCAAACCAAUCAAAAAUAUUGAAUUUUGAGAAUGAGACGUAUUUUUUCCCAUAUCUUACCCUCAACAUUCAGGUUGGGAAAGUGAUGAGCAAAGAUGACUAACCAUAGUGCAGAAAGGGUGAGAAUCCACCACCGCAACAUCCUUACUGCUCUGCCUCAGAGGCCGACAGUCAACAUGUCUCGCCGUUCAUCUUGCCGAAGCGGGAAUAAGGAUAACAUGCGAAAGCAUUCCUUGCUCUUCCACCGGGCUUCACCGUUUUGGUGGAUCCCUCGCUUUGACUCGGACAUCCUGGAGGGUCAAUAUUGGCGGAGCACGUUUCCACAAAUUCGUCUACGUUUCCAGCUCGCUCUGCUCUACGUUUUCAUCGUUUCGCUUUCCUGGUGUGUUUAUUUCAGCGCCGUCACAAUCCAUCAUUGGCUAGCCUUCGCCGUCUCCUGCCUUGUCAUGCUAUUCCUUUCUGCAUUGGCUUUCUGUCUUACACUGACAUCAGUUUACCAAAAUCACCAUUUGCUCUUCUCCUGCCUUAUGGCCAUCUCCGUCUGUUUGGUGACACUUCCCGCCCAUUUGACGUGCCGACAUGGUACCAUUAUCGAAGGUGAAGUUUCUCCUGCCGGCCUACUCGCCUUGUCCAUGGAGGCCCUCUUACUUAUCUACACCGUAAUCCCGCUACCCUUAUACAUGUGCAUCGGUAUCAGCAGUCUCUAUUCCGUGGCUGUUGAGGCACUCUCCAUCUUUGUGGCGUCCUGCGAGACCAAUGCUGCCGCAACUCUUGUCCGAGCGUUACUUCACUUGGGCGUUCAUCUUAUUGGCAUUCAUAUUUUCAUUAUGACUCAGGUGCGAAUGCGUUGCACCUUCCUGAAAGUUGGACAGCUACUUCUCGUUCGUCGAGAACUAGAAGAAGAAGCGCAAUUAAAAGAAAAAAUGAUUCGUUCUGUUAUGCCUCCAAAAGUAGCUGAUUGGCUAAUGAAAGACGGCCAUGGAGACGAUGACCUCGAUGAAGACAACGACGAUCGGUCUAAUGAAGACAAAUAUCGUGGCAGCAAGCUCUCGUCUGGAGUCAACGAUCAGUUACGAACCAUAUUCCGUCCCUUCAACAUGCAUCGAAUGGAAAAUGUCAGCAUUCUCUUUGCUGACAUAGUAGGUUUUACGCAAAUGAGCUCCAACAAAACGGCAGAACAACUGGUCGGGUUGCUAAACGAUUUGUUUGGUCGCUUCGACUUGCUGUGUGGUACACAUGGUUGCGAAAAAAUUUCAACAUUGGGUGACUGCUACUACUGCGUAGCCGGUUGUCCGGAACCACGACUGGACCACGCUGGAUGUUGCGUCGACAUGGGCCUUAGCAUGAUAGAAGCUAUCGGACGCUUCGAUGAGGAGCGUGGUGAGAAUGUUAGUAUGCGAGUUGGCGUUCACACUGGCACCGUACUAUGUGGUAUAGUCGGCGUCAAACGAUUUAAAUUUGACGUUUGGUCGAAUGAUGUCACUUUGGCUAAUCAAAUGGAGUCGACAGGGAAGCCCAGUCAAGUCCACGUAUCGCAGGCCACAUUUGCUCUACUAGACCAACAAGCCUAUUUCUCCGAGGAAGGGGCCGUCUAUCACGGUUUGAAAACUUACUUUGUUUUGGGUCGGAAAAACGAUUUAAACGUUGAAGAUACUACAACUGCUGAAUUUUCGGCUUUGUGGUUGGAUGAAACUGACCCAACGAUAUCUUUGCCGUCUGGUUCAGGUGUCCCUUCUCUUGUCCCAAUUAGCGGAAAUAACGUGAAUGCUAAUGCUAACAGUAAAAAAGCCAAUUCACUUCCCAGUAUCUUGGAUAUUUUGGAUGAAGUGCCCACUAGUAGCGAUAGCAACUGCAACUUGCCAUGCGAUUCCGCCCCACUGAGAUCGUCCCGCUCUGUGAGUCAGGAUCGUAAAAAGAAAAAUAUCCACUAUCAUGCCCAACGUUCACAGCAGGACGAGUUAUCUCCUUUGUCUGCAGCUCCGAUGUCCGUGGAAAUGCGAAGUAGCAAUGCGAUCGUCUGUCCAGCUGGUCAAAAUGGUAGGACAGAUGAAUUGUCGCUCUUUCCGUCCGUUGAGUCCUUCAUGAAAGCGCAAGGAGCUACUAGCACACCCAACACGUUACAGCGCAGACCAACUGCCUCUACCGCUUCACAACUUGGCACAGGCGGUAUCGCUGAUAUGGAACGUUCACCUACUAGUAUGAGUCUGGCUCUCUACAACAAAGAUGAGCUGGCAGAACUGGAGGGUGCCGUAACAGAAAAUAGUGUCGGGCUUCACGCCAGCCUCAGUCGAUUCCAUCAACUUCGGAAACAAUCAGAUUUGGCCAUGAUCCGGUGCAUUCAAGAAGACGAGUCCCAUCGUGUCUACUUUAUGCGUCCGCCUUUGAGUCAGGUCACACUGUUUUUCAUCGACGCUGCAAUGGAAAAGGAAUAUCGAGCUCGAGCUCACCAACCAGACCAGCCAGGGGCUCGCUUAACAUUGGCCUCGCCAACUUACAAUACCUAUCUGGACAUCUUAGUCUCGGCCGUAACUUUUGUGCUGAUUUCGGUGUCAUGCUUCGUUCAUUUUGAAUUUUCAUGGCCGUGGGGAGUCGUCUUCGUCUGGGGGGCGCUGAUUUUGUUGGCGACCAGUGUCGUAUUCCUACACAACUUGUGUCGCGAGGAUGCAGUUGGCCGGAAUUUCUUCUCCAUCGUUCACAACUGGUGUACUCGCUGGUAUUCGUGGCACGUCUGCGGUGCUCUGCUCAUGAGCUUACCUGUCUUGGCGGUCAUGUCCAACUUUGGCUGUCGAGUAGUCGAAGAGAAGGAAGAGUCCAGUCGCAUAUUCUGGUAUCUCUUUUUCUUCAGUCUGGUUCAUUUUUGCAACUUUACACAACUCAACUGUUGGAUGAAGAACGCCUUAGCUGCCCUGGCCGCGCUUCUCCUCAUUGUCCUCGUCUCCACGCCCGUUUGUCCCUGCGAUUCCAUUACUCUCAACACCAAUUCCAGUGGCAGCAACGACGGAAUUCCCAACUAUGGAGAAACAGACUAUGAGAAAACAGAGCUGGCUUUAUGCUACGAGAUUAUUUUACACCUACUUCUGCUGCUGCUAUUGGUCUGUUUCUUGAAUCGAGAAUUUGAAAUCAGCUUCCGAUUGAGUUUCCACUGUAACACAGUGGCUGCCAGGGGCAAAGCCAAAGUGCAAAAUCUGAGAGAUCAAGCUGAUUGGUUGCUGCAUAAUCUACUUCCCCCGCACGUUGUCGAGAGAAUGAGAGCUCGCCCCGGUUAUUCGGAAAACCACCGCCAGGCCGGCAUCCUGUUCGCCAGCCUUGUCAACUUCAACGAGAUGUACGACGAAUCGUAUCUAGGUGGGCGCGAAUACUUGCGCGUUCUUAAUGAGCUUAUUAGUGAUUUCGACGAGCUUCUUGGCCAGCCUCAGUUCAAGAAUGUUGAUAAAAUCAAGACGAUUGGUAGUACUUACAUGGCCGCAUCGGGAUUGAACUCGGAGGUUCGUUCACGCAACUCUCACCGUCAUCAGCAUCUCUUCGAACUGAUCGAUUUUGCCCAACAGAUGCAAUGUGUUCUCCAAAAUUUUAAUCAAAAUCUACUGGAAUUCAACCUGAUUAUUCGCAUCGGCUACAACUGCGGCGACGUUACGGCCGGUGUCAUGACUGGAGGCAUCGGAACCAUGUCCAAAUUGCAUUACGAUAUUUGGGGCGAUGCCGUCAACAUUGCCAGUCGGAUGGACUCAACUGGUGUUCAUGGACGAGUUCAAACGACAGAAGCUUGCGUUCAAGUUCUAGAAGAGCGUUACAAUUUUGAAAAACGGGGCACAGUCUUUGUAAAAGGCAAGAAUGACAUGAAUGUCUAUCUGUUGUGUGAAAAGAAAAAGACAUGCCUGUCAUAAGCCUGCCCAACUGAAAUCAAAGCUGCCAUUUAACAAAAACGAAGAGAACCAAUUACCUCUAAAUCAAGUGACCCUCACAUCACGGAGGUUGUGCCAUCCCGAAAGUCGUCUCUAGUUCGGCUUGUCGAUUGCUAACAAUGUUUUUCUCUUGAAUUAAGAUGAUAACAACUAACAAUCGCUUGCAUUACUGUUUAAUGUCAUUGUUUGUUAUACCAUUCCCUCUUAACUUCCCUCGCGUGCGCGAUUGCUGUAUCAAUCACUAGAACUUUAAUUUGUUUAGAUCUGAUGUGGUGUGCAUGUGAUCGAUGUUUCUUCCAAUCUCCGUCAACGAAAUCGCUGCCGUGCCUUUUGAACGUUUUUUUUCUUUUCUUUCUUUUUGCCUUUUAAAAUCAAAAAUGAAACUAUUCUGCCUUCAAUGUGGUUUGUACUAAAAAUAAUGCCAAACUAUUUUAACCGUGUUCUUCCGUUUUACCGCGUAGUGCCGUUUGCCUGCGACCAAAAGAUGUGUGUUCUUAUUACAGUGAUUGUUUGUAAUGUACAGGGAUAAAAGAUAAAGAUCUGAAUGAAUCCCACGGCACCGAUUAAACGCACGGAUACUCGUGCUUUAACAAAA